CUCCCUCGGGGCGGGGGCCUCCCCCUCAGCACGGAGGCCGCGCCUCACCCGGGGCCCCAACGAACCAACCAGCCACCCACCGAUGGACUGAGGGAAGGGCCGGCCGCCCGACGGAGCCCGACGGGCAGACCGAGGGACCGGCGGACGGACGGUUUGAGAGCCCGUUGGGCCGAAAGACCGACGGACGGGCUGGCAGACGGAUGGACGGACCGAUGGGCCGAGAGCCCGAGGGAAAGACGGGCCGGUGGACGGACGGAGAGCCCGACCGACCGACGGACCGACCGACGGACCGACCGACGGACUGAGAGCCCGACGGACAGACUGAUGGGCCCGAUGGACAGAUUGACGGACUCAAGGAGCGAUGGACAGACUGAUGGACUGAAGGACCAGCGGACAGACCGAUGGACCGAGAGCCCAGUGGACGGACUGAUGGACCGAAGGACCGGCGGACGGACCGAUGGACUGAGAGCCCGGUGGACGGACUGAUGGACCGAAGGACCGACGGACGGACCGAUGGACUGAGAACCCGGUGGACGGACUGAUGGAUCAAAGGACCGACGGACGGACAGAUGGACUGAGAGCCCGAUGGACGGACUGAUGGACUGAGAACCCGAUGGACGGACUGAUGGACCGAAGGACCGACGGACGGACCGAUGGACUGAGAACCCAGUGGACGGACUGAUGGAUCGAAGGACCGACGGACGGACCGAUGGACUGAGAACCCAGUGGACGGACUGAUGGAUCAAAGGACCGACGGGCGGACCGAUGGACUGAGAACCCGAUGGACGGACUGAUGGACCGAAGGACCGACGGACGGACCGAUGGACUGAGAACCCAGUGGACGGACUGAUGGAUCGAAGGACCGACGGACGGACAGAUGGACUGAGAGCCCGAUGGACGGACUGAUGGACUGAGAACCCGAUGGACGGACUGAUGGACCGAAGGACCGACGGACGGACCGAUGGACUGAGAACCCGGUGGACGGACUGGUGGACCGAAGGACCGACGAACGGACCGAGAACCCGAUGGACAGACUGAUGGACCGAAGGACCGACGGACGGACCGAUGGACUGAGAACCCGAAGGACCGAUGGAUGGACUGAGGGACCGACGGACGGACUGAGGGGCCGACGGACGGACAGACAGUCCAAGGGUCCCGGGAGGACCUCGCGCUCGGCGCUGAGGCCUGACCCGCCCCGUCCCCCACACUGACCGGGAGAGUGUUCAGUCCGUAUUUAGAACCAGCGUGACCCAGCCACCGGUCCGGCCGCACCCGCUAAUCUUGAAAAUGACAGGAUGAAGACAUUGUUUGAAGAGAUCAAAGCAUCAAUUACGAACAACUAUAAUCAAGAUCGUUCAUUUUGGAAGCCCGUCCUCCCUUGGGGUGGCGUUUUCACCAUUAAAGCCGGUCGCAAAGCCGUCUCGUGUACGCCGCUCUAUGUUGAGAUAAGCCUGAAAAACACCUGCACUAUUGAUGGAUUCUUGAUGUUGCUGUAUGUCAUUCUUCACGAAAAUGAAAACUUCCCCAGGGAACUCUCUCUUCACUUGGGUAGGGAGUUUAUAGACUGUUUUCUUUACUUAAUGGACACCUACAAUUUUACAACUGUAAAGUUGCUCUGGAUUUGGGACAGGAUGGAAAAGCGGCAGUACAAAUCGGAGGUUCACAAAGCUUCCUUGGUAAUUGACCUGUUCGGAAACGAGCACGACAAUUUUACGAAGAAUUUGGAAAACCUCAUGUCUACCAUUCAGGAGAGUUAUUGCUCCAACUGGAGGUGUCCCACUCGGGUCCAGGAAGAUCAGCUCCGAACGAUAAACAUAAACCCUCCCCAAGAAAUUCCACACGGGAACUUGAUUCGCCUGGCAGUGGAUGAAUUAUUCUGUUCCAAGAUAGAACUAUGUGGAGAGCGUGGCUGUGGUGGAUUAAGGGAAUUCUCCCCGCGUAUUUUCUGUCAUGGGGCACCACCUUUUGUUGUGUUAAAUAUGCAGCAUUGGAAAUCGGAAGACCUGGCUUAUGUACCGUAUCACUUGGAUUUGUCAGAUCACAAGUACUUGUUGGAAGGUGCCACGUUGUUUAACAAAGAGGAGCACCAUUAUUCAGCUGCUUUCCAGAUCGAUGGGAAUUGGAUGCACUACGACGGUCUCAGAAAUGUUAAUUUAAUUUUGUUAAAUAAACCACCAGAAUUCCUUCUCUUGUCAUCGUUAGUUUAUAUCCGAGCAACAGAGAAGUGAAUAUGGGCCGGUGUGAAAUUAGAUCGUGUUCCCUCCUGCCCCCCCCCCCCCGAGUUAAGAGCUCUGAUUUUAGGCUUACUUGGUAUCCAAGAAAACAGUUGAACUAUACUAGUUUCAGAGUUGUUUUAGGUUAUUUUUGUCCCAGGUAGAAGUUUUAUAUGCAGAGAACUAUGCAAAAAUGGGAUUGAUUCUUUUUCUAUUUCUCGAGCUAUUUUUAUACAGGCAUAUUUUAUGCUGAAGUAAUUCAAGUCUUAUGUUUUUUAUUCGCAUAAGAGUCCAUGUGUUUAAAUUUGUGUGCACUUUUAAGUCUAGAAAAGGCUGGUUGCAUUGGGAUUUCUGUUAUUCUUGCCUAAAGUAGGGUGGGAGCUUUUCUCUUUCAGAAUUCAACGAAAGCCCCUCCCACCGCGCUUCCACACCCAAAGCCUGUCCUGUGGGAGCUUACAAGCCCUUGAACGGGGAAAGUUGGAAACAACUUCGGUUCUUCAACAUGCACACUGUGUUGAACAAUCGGUUAAUUUGGGUGUGUAUUUUGGCAGUUGCUUUGGUGCUAUUCUAUCGGGUUUUUCGUCCCCCCCGUUACUGAGUUACUCAUUAUGUACCAAUAAUAUUCUGCCUUCCGCUGUGAUUGUCCCAUCAGCUGAUGUAAAUGCCAUUUACGGAACUGGGCACAGUGGAUUUUUGGGUCUCGCUCUGCUGAAGUUGAAGUCUUUACUUACUAAAUUAAUCUUCUGUCUCCUUCCACAAGUUUUGGUUGAGUUCCCGCGGAGUGCCUAUUACCAUAUUCAGCUCCUAAGCAGUUGUUGUUCUUGAGCCCCAUAAGCUAUACAAUAUUUCAUUUCAAAGUUUAGGAAGUGGUUGAAACAAUUCUAAUGUAUAAUGGGAAACUUUCGGUGUUGGGGACGUGAUAGCCGUGUAGAAGAUUGCACUGAACUUAGAUCUGUCAUGUAGGACCGCCCGUGCGAUUGAGACCGCACAAGGCCAAAUAAAUCCCAUCUCAAAUGAUGAACAAGUGUGUAGUCUCUCUGUCAGGAAAAAGUGGAUUUUUGCAACAGCGGUAUGUGGCGGUUGAUUCGAAUCAAGUUGAAGCUAAUCUGGGGGGAUUGUCAUUCUUGGGUAAGCGAGUCUUUGGUCGUGGCUCUUACUUGAGAGCUGAUGCAGGCUGUGGGCAUGACCUUUCCUGCGUAGAAAAAGAAAUGUGGCAGAGCUCUCGGUACGUCCUUUCUAGAAACCAAAUUUAGUUAUGUAUUUAUUUUGCCGGGGGCGGGCCUUGAGAGAUGCUCUAGAUCCAAAGUUCCCCCCAAAUAAGGCGAUCGAAACUCCUAAAUAAUCCCUCAUCUCCGUGUCCCCUAACGAGAGAUGAUGGUUUGGUUUUUGCAGCAUCCAGAUUCUUCUAAAAAUGGAAUCUUUCCUUUAUAAAAAAAAAUCUUCUCAAACUGCCCUGUUGUAUACUCACCCCCGAUAUUUAAUUUUUUUAAGGUGACUUAACCUAGAUGAUUAUUUCUCCUCCGUAAACUUGAUAUCUGUCAGGGAAAAACUUGUUUCUUUGGUUGUUUGGAGUUUAUUCGUGACUUCUUAUAAACCCUAGCUUCUGUUAGCAACUUUCAUAAAAAUGUAACUUUUGAAAUCUGGUUUUAUGGGGGGAUAUGAGUAACUAGAUAAAUGGUGUUUAGCUAACUCUCUCGUUAGAGCCCUUAAGACCUUUUCAACUGAGAGAGGAAGAUCAAACUUUUAAGGGAAAUAUUCCUGUUUUGAAAGUAUCACCCUUCAUUUUAGUGUUUACAUUUCAAUGCGUUCAGUCUUCACAGUGUGUAACGGAGUCAGUGCGAAAGCCGAGUCCUCGAAGUUGCUUUAAUUCACAUUAUGCUGAAGUCAAUUCAGCUCAUAAGAGCGUAACUAAUUCUUCUCGAACACCGACGUGCCAGUGAAUUACUCUAUGUGGGUGAAUGUGUCCCGGAAUAAUCCACUCUGUGGGAACCAAGAAUAUUUUUUGUAGCUAAAGAGAUUGUACCGUGUUCAAAGACGGAAAAAAGACGACAUGUAAUCCACACAGGUAAACAGACCUUAAGUACACGUUCUUGUCAUCCAAUUUCUGUAUCUAAACUACCGUGCUGUAUUCGGAAUUACAACUAGGUCCCUGCCAGUUGCCAUAAAAAAAAUGAUGUACCUAUCUCACAGGGUUGGUGUGAGGUGUUUGCAAAAGCUUGAUCUCCUUGAAAGGUGCUAAUAAAAAAGCCUCUGUCUUAACUUCCAA